AUGUCCCCUGAGGAAUCCUGGGAAUGGCACCAGACUGAUUUAGGGAAACAGGCUGUAAGGCUGAAUGGUCUGAAGCUGGGUAUUUUUCUGUUGGUACUCUGUCUGUGGAUAGAAGAUGGCUAUACCAAAGAAAAAUCUGCAAAGAAAGGAAAGAAGAAAGGAAAACAAGUCUACUGCCCUUCGCAGCUCUCCUCAGAGGACCUAGCGCGGGUUCCUGCUAACUCCACAAGUAACAUCCUCAACAGGCUCCUCAUCAGCUAUGACCCCAGGAUCAGGCCCAACUUCAAAGGUAUUCCAGUUGAAGAUCGGGUCAACAUAUUUAUCAACAGCUUCGGCUCUAUACAGGAAACCACUAUGGAUUACCGAGUCAACAUCUUCCUGAGGCAGCGCUGGAAUGACCCCAGGCUCAAGCUUCCCCAGGACUUCAAAUCAGACUCCCUCACCGUUGAUCCCAAAAUGUUCAAAUGCCUGUGGAAACCAGACCUCUUCUUUGCCAAUGAGAAGAGUGCUAAUUUCCAUGAUGUUACACAGGAGAACAUCUUGCUCUUCAUCUUCCGAAAUGGAGAUGUCCUCAUCAGCAUGAGGUUGUCAGUCACUUUAUCCUGUCCCCUGGACCUGACGCUCUUCCCCAUGGACACUCAGAGAUGCAAGAUGCAGCUUGAGAGCUUUGGUUACACUACAGAUGACCUGCAAUUCAUGUGGCAGUCUGGUGACCCUGUACAGAUGGAUGAAAUUGCCCUGCCCCAGUUUGACAUCAAACAGGAAGAUAUUGAGUAUGGCAACUGCACUAAAUACUAUGCAGGAACAGGUUACUACACUUGUGUGGAGGUCAUCUUCACGCUGCGGAGGCAGGUGGGGUUUUACAUGAUGGGUGUGUAUGCCCCCACCUUGCUUAUUGUUGUCCUCUCCUGGCUCUCUUUCUGGAUCAACCCGGAUGCCAGUGCUGCCCGUGUCCCUCUGGGGAUCCUAUCUGUUCUGUCCCUGUCAUCUGAGUGCACGUCGCUGGCAUCUGAGCUGCCCAAGGUCUCCUACGUUAAAGCCAUUGACAUCUGGCUUAUUGCCUGUCUCCUGUUUGGCUUUGCCUCUCUGGUCGAGUAUGCUGUGGUCCAGGUGAUUCUCAACAGCCCCAAAUGCAUAGAGGCUGAAAAGGCAAAGAUAGCCACCAAGGAGAAGGCAGAAGGCAAGACCCCGUCCAAGAACAAUACCAUCAAUGGCACAGGAGGCACGCCCAUACAUGUUAGCACUUUGCAGGUGGCAGAGACUAGAUGUAAAAAGGUGUGUACCUCCAAAUCUGAUCUGCGCUCUAAUGACUUCAGCAUUGUGGGCUCGCUGCCACGAGACUUUGAGCUGUCAAACUUUGACUGCUACGGGAAGCCCAUUGAGGUGGGUAAUGCGCUGGGCAAAUCUCAAGCCAAGAACAACAAGAAGCCACCGCCCCCCAAACCUGUUAUCCCAUCAGCAGCUAAGCGCAUUGACCUGUACUCACGUGCUCUCUUUCCAUUCUCUUUCCUGUUCUUCAACGUCAUCUACUGGUCAGUGUAUUUGUGA